AUGGGCUACCCUCCUGGAGACUCUGAGCGUGGGGACAGGACUCCGGUCAUUUCCAGGGAGGAUGUCUGCUUGUCUGUGAGCUCUGUUCAUGUGCAAAGCUGCUUUGAAGUGAUUCUUUGUUUACCUCUGACAGAGCUGCACCUUUCUGGAAAGCUCAGUGACUAUGGUGUGACGGUACCCUGCAGCACAGACUUUCGAGGACACUUCCUCUCCCACGUGGUGUCCGGCCCUGCAGCAGCUUCCACACGGAGGGUGGUCGUGGACACACCACCCAAAGGACCAUCACACUCCAGCCACCUCCGGGUGCCUCGCAGCCCCCUGCACCCAGGACGGACCCUGUGGCCUGGCAGGGCGGGACGCCACUCUCUCUACUUCAAUGUGACGAUUUUCGGGAAGGAACUGCACUUGAGCCUGCGGCCCAACCGGAGACUGGUGGUGCCAGGAGCCUCAGUGGAGUGGCAGGAAGACUUUCGGGAGCUGUUCAGGGAGCCCUUGCAGCAGGAGUGUGUGUACACUGGAGGUGUCACUGGAAUGCCUGGGGCAGCUGUUGCCAUCAGCAACUGUGAUGGAUUGGCAGGUCUCAUCCGCACGGAGAACACCGAUUACUUCAUUGAGCCUCUGGAGAGGGGGCAGCAGGAGCAGGAGGCCAGCGGGAGGACACACGUGGUAUACCGCCAGGAGGCCAUCCAGCAGGAGUGGGCAGAGCCUCAAGGGGACCUUCACAAUGAAGCGUUUGGCCUGGGCGACCUUCCCAACCUGCUGGGCCUGGUGGGGGACCAACUGGGUGAAGUGGAGCGGAAGCGGCGACACGCCACGCCGGGCAGCUACAGUAUCGAGGUGCUGCUGGCGGUGGACGACUCAGUGGUUCGCUUCCACGGCAAGGAACAUGUGCAGAACUAUGUCCUCACCCUCAUGAACAUCGUAGAUGAGAUUUACCAUGAUGAGUCCCUGGGAGCCCAUAUCAACAUUGCCCUGGUCCGAUUGAUUAUGGUCGGCUACCGACAGUCCCUGAACCUGAUCGAGCGUGGGAACCCCUCGCGCAGCCUGGAGCAGGUGUGUCGCUGGGCUCUUUCCCAGCAGCGCCAGGACCCCGGCCACGCUGAGCACCAUGACCACGUUGUCUUCCUCACCCGGCAGGACUUUGGGCCCUCAGGGUAUGCACCCAUCACUGGCAUGUGCCAUCCCCUCAGAAGCUGUGCCCUCAACCACGAGGAUGGCUUUUCCUCAGCCUUUGUGGUGGCCCACGAGACUGGCCACGUGCUCGGCAUGGAGCACGACGGUCAGGGGAAUGGCUGCGCGGAUGAGACCAGCCUGGGCAGCGUAAUGGCACCCCUGGUGCAGGCUGCCUUCCACCGCUUCCACUGGUCCCGCUGCAGCAAGCUGGAGCUCAGCCGCUACCUCCCCUCCUAUGACUGCCUCCUCGAUGACCCCUUUGAGCCCUCCUGGCCUCAGCCCCCCGAGCUGCCCGGGGUUGACUAUUCCAUGGACGAGCAGUGCCGCUUUGACUUCGGCAGUGGAUACCAGACCUGCUUAGCGUUCAGGACCUUCGAGCCCUGCAAGCAGCUGUGGUGCAGCCACCCCGAUAACCCAUACUUCUGCAAGACCAAGAAGGGGCCCCCGCUGGAUGGGACCGAAUGUGCACCGGGCAAGUGGUGCUUCAAAGGUCACUGCAUCUGGAAGUCACCGGAGCAGAUGUACGGCCAGGACGGAGGCUGGAGCUCCUGGACCAAGUUUGGGUCGUGUUCGAGGUCAUGUGGGGGCGGGGUGCGUUCCCGCAGCCGGAACUGCGACAACCCUCCCCCAGCCUACGGAGGCCGUCCGUGCUCAGGGCCCAUGUUCGAGUACCAGGUCUGCAACAGCGAGGACUGCCCUGGGCCCUACGAGGACUUCCGAGCCCAGCAGUGUGCCAAGCGCAACUCCUACUACACCCACCAGAAUGCCAAGCACAGCUGGGUGCCCUACGAACCUGAGGACGAUGCCCAGAAGUGUGAGCUGAUCUGUCAGUCGGCAGACACGGGGGACGUGGUGUUCAUGAACCAGGUGGUUCACGAUGGGACACGUUGCAGCUACCGGGACCCGUACAGCGUCUGCGCCCGCGGCGAGUGUGUGCCUGUUGGCUGUGACAAGGAGGUGGGGUCCAUGAAGGCAGAUGACAAGUGCGGAGUCUGCGGGGGUGACAACUCCCACUGCAGGACUGUGAAGGGGACGCUGGGCAAAGCCUCCAAGCAGGCAGGAUCUCUCAAACUGGUGCAGAUCCCAGCAGGUGCCAGGCACAUCCAGAUUGAGGCACUGGAGAAAGCUCCCCACCGCAUCGUGGUGAAGAACCAGGUCACGGGCAGCUUCAUCCUCAACCCCAAGGGCAAGGAAGCCACAAGCCGGACCUUCACUGCCAUGGGCCUGGAGUGGGAGGAUGUGGUGGAGGAUGCCAAGGAAAGCCUCAAGACCAGCGGGCCCCUGCCUGAAGCCAUUGCUGUCCUGGUGCUCCCCCCAGCUGAGGGUGGCCCCCGUAGCAGCCUGGCCUACAAAUAUGUCAUCCAUGAGGACCUGCUGCCACUUAUCGGAAGCAACAACGUGCUUCUGGAGGAGACGGACACCUACGAGUGGGCACUCAAGAGCUGGGCGCCCUGCACCAAGACCUGUGGAGGAGGGAUCCAGUUCACCAAAUAUGGCUGCCGGCGCCGACGUGACCACCACAUGGUGCAGCGGCACCUGUGUGACCACAAGAAGAGGCCCAAGCCCAUCCGCCGGCGAUGCAACCAACACCUGUGCUCCCAGCCCGCGUGGGUGACGGAGGAGUGGGGCACCUGCAGCCGGAGCUGUGGGAAGCUAGGGGUGCAGACUCGGGGGGUACAGUGCCUGCUGCCCCUCUCCAAUGGCACUCGCAAGGCCAUGCCGGUCAAGGCCUGUCCUGGGGACCGGCCUGAGGCCCGGAGACCCUGUCUCCGCGUGCCCUGCCCUGCCCAGUGGCGGACAGGAGCCUGGUCGCAGUGCUCUGCUACCUGCGGAGAGGGCAUCCAGCAGCGGCAGGUGGUGUGCCGGACCAAUGCCAACAGUCUUGGGCAGUGCGAGGGGGAUAAGCCAGACACUGUCCAGAUCUGCAGCCUGCCCGCCUGUGGAGGAAAGCUCCAGAACUCCACUGUGAAGGCUGAUGUCCAGGAAGUUGUGACUCCCAUGGGGCAGUGGGUACCACAAUCUGGACCCCUGUAUCCCAUGAACAAGAUAUCAUCAAUAGAGCCCUGCAUGGGGGACAGGUCCGUCUUCUGCCAGUUGGAGGUGCUCGAUCGCUACUGCUCCAUCCCCGGCUAUCACCGAUUGUGCUGUGAGUCCUGUACUAAGAAGGCCUCGGGCCCCGACGACACUAGCCCUGACCCUGGACUGACCUCACCAGCCCCCUUCUCCACUCCCGGGAGCCCUUUCCCAGGACCCAAAGCCUCUCCAGGUGCUGUGGAGCCUACCGGGGAGCCAACGGGUUCAGAGGAGCAUCAGCAUGGCCGGCCCACACAGCUCCCGGGACCUCUGGACACAAGCUCUCCAGUGACCCAGCAUCUCCUUACCCCCCAGACACUGAGCCCUAGAGCACUCUGGGGAACUUCUGCUACCACCCCUGGGAGGCUGCCUUGGGGCUGGACUCAGGCACUUAUGCCGGCUUCAGAGGAUACAGGACAGCCCAGGGAAGACUCGAAGCAUCCGGGCACCAGCCUUCCCGCCACCUCCCGCAUGACAUGAGCCGUACCUGCCAUCCCAUAGUCACGUUUACACUCCAUAUACUGCCCC